GAGAUUUCUAGUUUCGUGUGUGUGUUUUUUAUGUGCAUGUACUUUUUCUCUCUUUUGUGUUUUAAUGAUUGUAAAAGAAGCUUUUUAUCGCCGUAUGUGACUGGAUAAACAAGUUAUUAGAUAUAUCAUCUAAGCAUCUGGAGCAUUGUGAAUUUGAGUGUUUUUCAUUUGUAAUGUGUUGUGGAAAUCAAACUCAGAUGUUCAUCAUGAGAGAGCAGGUGGAUGUGAUCUGCUGUAAAUCAGUAGGAACUGAUCUGUCCAUGCUGGAUAUUGAUGAUUUCAUCACAGAAAUCUCUCAGCUGAAGAAAGAGGUGACGUCACUGAAGACAAAACUGAUGGAGAAAGAGCUCUAUUCAUCCUGCACCUGUUUAGAGCGAAUUAAAGUUGAGAUUGAGCUGGAAAAGGUUUCCUGUCAAUCUUCAGUGUGUGUGACUGAUGGGACCUCCACAGAAUGUCAGGAUUCAGUGUGGAGCGGCAGAGAUCAGUCCACACCACAGCGGCUGCUGGACAAACUCUCUGAACAGAGAUCCAGAGACACACAGGACUCACAGCUCACUUUACUCUGUUCUACUGAUGCUCAGGAGAGUGUGUGUGACAGUAAUCAGGGUGAUCAAACCUCCACAGAGUCUCUGACUUCUGUCUGUAACGCUGGAGAACAGCAGAUGCUGCAGACACCAGUGAAGAUUGAAGUGAUGCAAGAGGAGAUAAAAGAUGAAAACACAACAGAGGAACAACAGAGUGAUGAUGAUGAACAGCAGAUGCUGCAGACACCAGUGAAGAUGUGUUCAGUGAAGCUGCUGGACUGCAGGAACUUGAUGAAGAUGAGAGGAGAAACCACAGCAGAGGAACAACAGAGCGAUGUUGAAGAUGAUGAUGAUUUUAUUCCCUCAGAGCUGAAUGAAGUGGAGGAGAAACUUCAGGAUCAGAAACAUCAUGAUUUAACACCUGGAGAAAAAUCUUUGAGUGGCUCAAAGAAUAAGAAGAAUUUCUCACCAAAAAAACCUCAAAGAAGAACAGCCAAAAAUGCUUCCACCUGCUCUCAGUGUGGAAAGAGUUUCACAUAUCAAUGCAAGCUUAAUACACACAUGAGAUUUCAUACAGGAGAAAAGCCUUACAUGUGCCAUUUGUGUGGAAAGAGUUUUCUUCUUAAAUCACAGCUUAAUGUGCACAUGAGAGUUCAUACAGGAGAGAGGCCUUACACGUGCCAUCAGUGUGGAAAAAGUUUCGCAUAUGCACAAAAUCUCACACGUCAUCUUCGCCGUCACUCAGGAGAAAGACGAUUUGAAUGUGAUAAGUGUGGUAAAACAUUUGUUUUGGCAACAUACCUACAAAGACAUCUGAAAACGCACUCAAAUGAGAAGCCUUACAAAUGCUUUUUUUGUGGAAAAAGUUUUUCAUGCCUGUCCUAUUGUAAAGAACACCAGAAAAUACAUACUGGUGCUGGAGUUCAUAUGUGCUUUGAAUGUGGGAAGAUCUUUAUUACAGCCAGCGACUUGAAACAGCACCAAAGAAUUCAUACUGGAGAAAAACCUUACAAGUGCUCACACUGUGAAAAGAGUUUCACUCAUUCACAACAACUGAAAACACAUGAGAGAAUCCAUACUGGAGAAAACCCUUACAAGUGCUCACACUGUGAAAAGAGCUUCACGCAGUCAGGAAACCUGAAAAUACAUGAGAGAAUUCAUACUGGAGAGAAACCUUACAAGUGCUCACACUGUGAAAAGAGUUUCACUCGGUUAGAAAACAUGAAAAUACACAAGAGAAUUCAUACUGGAGAGAAACCACACCACUGCUUUUGAUGUGGGAUAAGAUUCAGUGCAGCAAGUAAUCUAUGUACACAUGUAAAAAAAAAAAAAGUUUUGCCCAAGUAGUCACAGUGAGAAGAAAACAUCUUCAUGUCCAACAAUUUCAAGUAAAUAGUUUGAAAUUCAGAUAAACCCAAAGAUGAAAUUUCUUCCAAAAGAGCCGCAUCAUCUAAAGCCCUAUUCGGACAGGACAAGUUUUCCUUGAGGAGGUUUGGGAAAUUAAGUUUUUCACAGAUGUACUUUGUGAUUUUAAUCCCAUCUGAAUCUGACAAGUCUCACCGACCCCGUUUACACCUGAUAUUAAGAUGUGAUUUGGUGAUAACAUCAUAUGUGGUCAGUGCUGAAUACAGGUCUAAAUGGGGUCUAAAAUGUUUUGUGAUCAGAUCAUAAAAAUCAUAUAUAAAUGUUGUCAAAAACGCGUGUGACCACAUCGCAUUUGAGGUGUAAACGCUUAUCCGUCCUGCAGUGUUGUAGUACUCGAGUCCAGGACUCGGACUUGAGUCGCAAUAUUGAUGACUUGUGACACAUCUCGGACUUGAACACUAAUGACUUGGACUCGAGCAUUGGGUGCAUUCUGACUUUGAGAAUAGGACUCGUUACAACUGUUAACUUUUGCGUUCUGUCCUUUUAUGGCUUGAGAUCACAUGCAUGUCAUGCCAUGUACCAGUUGUGUGAGCGCAAAUCUCUGCACUCACUCGUGGAUUUCCUUUGCUUUCACUUAAAACUAGACGUGCACUUUCAGAUCUCCCUGCUCAUGUUCAGAGAGUGCGUGUGCCACUCAAAUCAUGUCGUGUACUCGCAAAUCUAUUAUAACGCAAAAUAACUCUUCUAUUUAUUCAUACAGUGCAUCCAGAAAGUAUUCACAGCGCUUCACUUUCCACAUUUUGUUAUGUUACAGCCUUAUUCCAAAAUGGAUUAAAUUAAUUAUUUUCCUCAAAAUUCUACAAACAAUACCCCAUAAUGACAACGUGAAAGAAGUUUGUUUGAAAUCUUUGCAAAUUUAUUGCAAAUAAAAAAUGAAAAAAAAAUCACAUGUACAUAAGUAUUCACAGGCUUUGCCAUGACACUCAAAAUUGAGCUCAGGUGCAUCCUGUUUCCACUGAUCAUCCUUGAGAUGUUUCUGCAACUUGAUUGGAGUUCACCUGUGGUAAAUUCAGUUGAUUGGACACGAUUUGGAAAGGCACACACCUGUCUAUAUAAGGUCCCACAGUUAACAGUGCAUGUCAGAGCACAAACCAAGCCAUGAAGUCCAAGGAAUUGCCUGUAGACCUCCGAGACAGGAUUGUAUCGAGGCACAGAUCUGGGGAAGGGUACAGAAAAAUGUAUGCAGCAUUGAAGGUCCCAGUGAGCACAGUGGCCUCCAUCAUCCAUAAAUGGAAGAAGUUUGGAACCACCAGGACUCUUUCUAGAGCUGGCCGCCUGGCCAAACUGAGCGAUCGGGGGAGAAGGGCCUUAGUCAGGGAGGUGACCAAGAACCCGAUGGUCACUCUGACAGAGCUCCAGCGUUUCUCUGUGGAGAGAGGAGAACUUUCCAUUAGAACAACCAUCUCUGCACUCUACCAAUCAGGCCUGUAUGGUAGAGUGGCCAGACGGAAGCCACUCCUCAGUAAAAGGCACAUGACAGCCCGCCUGGAGUUUGCCAAAAGGCACCUGAAGGACUCUCAGACCAUGAGAAACAAAGAUUGAACUGUUUGUCCUGAAUGGCAAGCGUCAUGUCUGGAGGAAACCAGGCACCGCUCAUCACCUGGCCAAUACCAUCCCUACAGUGAAGCAUGGUGGUGGCAGCAUCAUGCUGUGGGGAUGUUUUUCAGUGGCAGGAACUGGGAGACUAGUCAGGAUCGAGGGAAAGAUGAAUGCAGCAAUGUACAGAGACAUCCUUGAUGAAAACCUGCUCCAGAGCGCUCUGGACCUCAGACUGGGAUGAAGGUUCAUCUUCCAACAGAACAACGACCCUAAGCACACAGCCAAGAUAACAAAGGAGUGGCUAUGGGACAACUCUGUGAAUGUCCUUGAGUGGCCCAGCCAGAGCCCAGACUUGAACCUGAUUGAGCAUCUCUGGAGAGAUCUGAAAAUGGCUAUGCACCGACGCUCCCCAUCCAACCUGAUGGAGCAUGAGAGGUCCUGCAAAGAAGAAUGGGAGAAACUGCCCAAAAAUAAGUGUGCCAAGCUUGUAGCAUCAUACUCAAAAAGACUUGAGGCUGUAAUUGGUGCCAAAGGCGCUUCAACAAAGGAUUGUGCAAAGGUUGUGAAUACUUAUGUACAUGUGAUUUUUUUUUUUUUCUUUUUUUUUUUUUCAUAAAUUUGCAAAGAUUUCAAACAAACUUUUCAUGUUGUCAUUAUGGGGUAUUGUUUGCAGAAUUUUGAGGAAAAUAAUGAAUUUAAUCAAUUUUGGAAUAAGGCUGUAACAUAAAAUGUGGAAAAAGUGAAGCAUUGUGAAUACUUUCUGGAUGCACUGUACAAAUAUUCUGCCCCCGUAGACGUGGUAUAGAGAGGAAGAAUACCGGAGUUUGAGGAAUCAACUCGCCAUUUGGUCGGUGGUGCAUUACGUGCUGUAAGAAUGAUAUUCUGAUGCUCACUGACAAUGUAAGAGACAUGAGCAAAUCAAAUGACAGAAACCGUUAACGGAACACGUUGCGACUAAAGUCAUCUAAAAAAUUUUACCUCAGUAGAAAUUUACCUGCACAGGUUUGUCUAGAACACAUAAAGGAUUUUAGAAUCUAUGUGGUGGCACAUACGUAGAACAUUUGAAAAUGUGGAACAAAAUCAUAAAUCAUUAUUAUGAGUUAUAAUUAUAUAGGGAACAUAAGAUCAUGUUGAUGUGUGUUCAUGUGUUUACAGGUGCACUUUUACAUAGAGAUGGAAACUCUGUGUGAUGUGAGUUUAUCACAAAUGUAGCCUAAAACAGUUAAGUAAUCCCAUUGUUAAAAGUGUGUGUUUGAUUGCCAAUAAACUUAAAAUGGCAACAGAAUUAUGAUUUUUGUGUGUGUGUGUGUGUGCGUGCGUGUGUGCACUUAUUUUAUGCUGUAGACAAGGACUCCUAACUCGGACUUGUAUGAAAUUAUUGGCGACUCAACUUGGACUCUACCCGGACACAAUAUUGGUGACUUGGACUCUGGCUUGAGCAGUGAGGACUCGGACCCGACUCGAGAUCUAGUGACUUGACUACAACACUGCUGUCCUGUAUGCGUCCCAGCAGCAGCGAAGCACCCCUCCUCACAUGUCAAUCAACCACUGUGCUAAAAAAGAGUUUAAACUUUGUCAAUUACGAGCGGUUUAAAAGGGAAGAAAAAACGUUGGAUUGGGAAAUUUAAAAAAGCAUAUACAUACAGAACCACUAGAACUUCACAGAUCUUCUGUGUGUCUUAAUUCAACAUGCAGGGACACUUAUAAAAUAAUGGAUAAUUCUGCUUGAAAUGUUCCUUUUGUGCUUAAAUUCAAUUUCAGAUGCAUCUGGGGGAAAUAACGUGCUGUUUUUGUUUUUUUGCACUUUUGUCUUUUCUGACUUUGUUGCACUUUAAUGUCAUGCAGUAACACAAUGACAUAGUGAUUUAUGUAUUUCUAUGCUUGAAUUUAUACUUUAUUUCUAAUAGACAUUUAAGCAAUCUGUUGGUGUUGGCAGUAUGGCUCUGCUCUGGGCAAACUCUCUGCCCAUCCAAAUCAUUCUGACAGUGCGAUGUUGUACAAUCCUUCAUUGCAUAACAGAUUGAAUGGGCACUUAAAGACACAAAAUACUAUAUAUCAAGUUGAUAAAUCAAGAACAAUUCAUGGAAGAAAGAAAUUCCAAACUGGCAAACAACUGUAGUCUUACAGCACAGAACAUGAGACAGAUGUACAGAAAUGUGGAGCUGGGGAGGUAGGAGGGUGUUAAGUGCAGCUUGAAUCCAUGCAGUAGAAAGGCAAUGACUACAGGUGCAUCUCAAUAAAUUAGAAUGUCGUGGAAAAGUUCAUUUAUUUCAGUAAUUCAACUCAAAUUGUGAAACUCGUGUAUUAAAU